GGGCGUGUCCCCCAUGCUGCCCCCGCCCGCGCUGGCCCCGCUGGCCUCGGCUUGGCCCAGUACAAAGUCCGGGCGGUGACUGCAGGUGGCGGGCCUGCCGCAGGCCCGGCGGGGGGAUGCCUCACAACACUCACCUGUAUGAAGAAGUGUCAAAGACCUGCUGGCCCAUUAUCUAUUCUCCAAAAUACAACAUCACGUUCUUGGGCUUGGAGAAGCUCCAUCCAUUUGAUGCUGGGAAAUGGGGGAAAGUCAUCAAUUUUUUGAAAGAAGAAAAUUUCCUUGCUGAUGUCAUGAUGGUGGAGGCCAGAGAAGCCACUGAUGAAGACCUGCGGGUGGUGCACACACAAAGAUACUUGAAUAGGCUGAAGAACUGUAUCCUGGAGAGCUCUCCGGAGUGGUCCUUUGUAGUGGCAACGAUCACGGAGAUUCCACCAGUCUUCUGUCUUCCUAACUUCGUGGUGCAGAGGCAUGUUCUAAGGCCUCUAAGGACCCAGACAGGAGGAACCAUUAUGGCUGGGAAACUGGCUAUUGAACGAGGCUGGGCCAUCAACAUAGGGCGUCUGCUGUAUAAUCAGCUUUUUGACCAACUGUGCCACCGAGGAUGGAAAAGACAUAAGCCCUGCUUUGAAGAGCCUCUCUGUUGGACAGACAAGAUCCCAAGACAAUGUGGUGGGUUCCAUCACUGCUCCAGUGACAAGGGAGGGGGAUUUUGUGUCUAUGCUGAUAUUACACUCUCUAUCAAGUUUCUGUUUGAUCGAGUAGAAGGAGUCUCAAAAGCCACUAUUAUUGACCUGGAUGCACACCAGGGAAAUGGCCAUGAGAGGGAUUUCAUGGACGACAGCCGAGUGUACAUCGUGGAUAUCUAUAACCGCAACAUUUACCCAGGGGAUGGGUUUGCUAAACGUGCCAUCAAGCGGAAAGUUGAGCUGGAGUGGGGAACAGGAGAUCAAGACUACCUGAUGAAGGUGGACGAGCAUGUGAAGGGGGCACUGAGUGAUCAUGAGCCCGAUGUGAUCAUCUACAAUGCGGGCACAGACAUCCUGGAUGGUGACCCUCUGGGAGGGCUCUCUGUGUCUGCCGAGGGCAUCAUCAAGAGGGAUGAGAUGGUGUUCCGGGCUGCCCGAAGCCAGAAUAUACCUAUCUUCAUGGUGACCUCAGGAGGCUACCAGAAACAUACAGCACGGAUCAUAGCUGAUUCCAUCCUCAACCUGUACAACCUGGGCCUCAUUGACCAUUUGGAGGCGAUCUGAGCGGCCCAGCACACUGUGUAAAUGACUGUGACCACCUAAAAGGCAGCCUUUGCCAUCCCUCUCCCAGAUAAAUUUUGUUUUCUAAAAAGCAGAUGCAAUAGGCAACACUUUAACCCUAGACUGGUGUCAGGGUCAGCUGCAAUACAACAGAUCCGGAGCCAGGGCCCUGUAAAAUCACUUCAUUUAUUUAUUUAUUUAUUUUUUACCACUUUCAAGGACAGCAGAGUGGGGGAAGGACCUGUUCUUGCUGAUCUGUUUCCAUGAUCUGUCUUGAUCUGGGGGGCUAGCUUUGAUCUUGUCUGGCUCCCUGGGGGAUGUGGGGGGGUUCUCAACUUUACACUUUCUUCUUCCCCUUCAUCUCUUGGCCUAGGGCAACCUCUGUCUGGACGGCAGGAUUUAUCCUCCAGGGUGACUGCUCCAUGGGAUGACCCCUCUCUUGUCCGGUGCAGAGAAAGAAGAGAUUUUGAGGAGAGGGAAUGAGGAAGAGAGCAUAGCAGGGCCUUUGACAAGGUCUCCUCCUAUGGACAGUGACAGUGGGAUAAUCUCCUAUCUUAGAUUUUUGGAAACGUAUAGGAAAGGAGAAAGGAAAGGUGUCUGGAGGGAAUAGUCAAAGAUCAGGGUUGCAGAUGAGUUGUGGGUAAGUAGUGAGGAAAGAUGUGGAGGUUAUGAGGGGCAGGGGCAGUGAGGUGUAGGUAAAAAUAGGGCUCUGGUUUUCUCUGAAGCCUGAUGGGUAACCAAGAAUUAGGAGACCGCUGCUAGUAGUAGAAAAAGACCCUCUCCUACCAGUGAUCUCCUUCCCUCUCUACUUUCCCUCUUCCUCCCCACUCCCUUUUUAUUCUCCCUAUCUGCCUCUUUCCCCGCCCUUCCCACUUUCUCCUUCUUUUCUUCUUAUCUCUUCUCUCCUUUUCCCUCUCCCCACCCCAAUUUCUGUCCCUGCAUCUCUUAUGAUGGGAGAGGUGAAUAAAGUGGGUUUGGGAGUCCUGGGUUUUUGUUUUUAGGAGAGAGGGAGAAUGAUUGGGAUGUUGCCCAGCAUGGAGAAGAAGCUAGAGGAUGCCAGUUUCCUCUCUGUUGGACAAGCCUCCUUUCUUCUUCUUUUUUUUUUUUUGGUGGGGGGAGCUAGGCAAUGGGGUUAGGUGACUUGCCCAGGGUCACA